AUGGUGUUGGUGGUGGUGAUGAUGAUGAUGGUGGUGGUGGUGGUGGUGCUGGUGGUGAGAGAGAAAAUGGCAAAGUACAACUACAACAAGACGACGAUGAUGAUGAUGAUGACAAUGAUGAUGAUGGUGAGGAUGUGGUUAUGACAGUGGACGAUGAUAACAGGAACAUUGACGACGAUGACGAUGACGAAAUGUUUGACGACGACGCGAGCAGGCAGGGCGAAGGACACGAGCAGUCGCCCACGGAUUCUGAACCGACGACCGGAAGCAGACAAACAGCAGCGGCAAAGACUAUAAACUCAACAUCAACAGCAGCGACGACGACAACAACAACAACAAAACCAACUACAACAUCAACAGCAGCAGCAUCAGGCCCCUUGGCGGAGACUUUGACGGCCGGAAAGAAAGACCCUGCAAGUGAGCAAGCCAGCAAACAAGGAAGUCAUCUUUCUAUGAACAAUAACAAGUGGUGCCACUGAGACUUCAUACACACACACACACACACACACACACACACACACUCCAGUACUUCACAGAUGCCCUCCCCCACCACUCCAAUAUAUUUAUAUAGACUGCUAACAUUAUAUUGCUGUCCCUCCC